UUCCUCCACAGUAGAUUUAAACCUUACAGCUGUGAGUUGUGUGGAAAGUCUUUUACCCGGGCUGGACACUUAAAAACACACCAACUCAUCCACAGUGGAAUUAAACUUUACACCUGUGACUUGUGUGGAAAGUCUUUUACCCUGGCUGUAGGCCUACAAAGACAUCGACUCAUCCACAGUAGAUUUAAACCUUACAGCUGUGAUGAGUGUGGGAAGUAUUUUACCCGGGGUGGAGACUUAAAAAGACACCAACUCAUCCACAGUGGAGUUCGACCUUACAGCUGUGAUUUGUGUGAGAAAUCUUUUACCCAGGCUGGAAGCUUAAAAACACACCAACUCAUCCACAGUGGAUUUAAACCUUACAGCUGUGAGUUGUGUGGGAAGUCUUUUACCCGGGCUGGAGGUUUAAAAAAACACCAACUCAUCCACAGUGGAGUUAAACCAUACAGCUGUGAUGAGUGUGGGAAGUAUUUUACCCGGGGUGGAGGUUUAAAAAAACACCAACUCAUCCACAGUGGAUUUAAACCUUACAGCUGUGAGUUGUGUGGAAAGUCUUUUACCCAGGCUGAAAGCUUAAAAACACACCAACUCAUCCACAGUGGAUUUAAACCUUACAGCUGUGAGUUGUGUGGGAAGUGUUUUACCCGGGCUGGAGGUUUAAAAAAACACCAACUCAUCCACAGUAGAUUUAAACCUUACAGCUGUGACUUGUGUGGAAAGCCUUUUACCCGGGCUGGAGACUUAAAAAAACACCAACUCAUCCACAGUGGAGUUAAACCUUACAGCUGUGACUUGGGUGGAAACUGUGACUUGUGUGGAAAGUCUUUUACGUAUCGUGAGGGCUUAAAAAAACACCAACUCGUCCACAGUGUAGUUAAAGCACACUACUGUGACUUGUGUGGUAAAGCUUUUGCUCAACGUCGAAACUUACAGAAGCAUCUAGUUUCCCACUCUGGAAUUAAGGCGUACAGCUGCAACUUUUGUGGAAAAAGUUUCAGUGACAAACACUACCGAAAUAUUCACCUACGGAUUCACACUGGAAAUGAUGUUUACUGCUGUGAUCAGUGUGGAAAACUGUUUACAACAGAUGCACAGUUACAACAACACAUGUUUAGCCACACUGAGGAGAGACCUUACAAAUGUGACCUGUGUGAGAAGACUUUUAAAUCUCCACAUAAGCUUAAUAAACACAACAGAUCCACACAAGAAAGUAACUCUACAAGUGCAGUUAAUGUGAGGUAUGUAUUUAUCUUUUUAUCCUGUAUUUUUAACCUGAUUGUUUGGAACAAGUCUCAUCAGUAAACUUAUGGAGUCGCUUUCGCCCAGUAAUCUGAGUGUUAUAAUGUAAACAGUAAAAUGUAAUUGGACGUUGGCAAAGAUGCUCUUUGUUUCAGGCAACAUUCAGGAUAAAAAUAAAAAAAGCAGAGCAACACAGAUGGAUCCAUUUCUCAACCCUGUUGUCACUGUGGGGGUGUGAAAGAGUUUCUCUGUGACCUUUGUGAAAAAACUUCCAAUCAUCAACGGGACCUAAAACCACAUCAACGUAGACACACUGGAGACAAAAUGAACUACUGCAAAGAAUGUGGGAGAGGCUUCCACACACCAAGUACAUUAAAAAUACAUGAACUCUUCCACAGUGGGGUCAAAAAGCACAUCUGU